AUGUCGAGCAUUACCCGUUCCCUUAACCUCCUGGCGCGCACCAGCCGGUCGUCUCUGUUGCGCCCGCGCACCAUUAACCCCGUCCACCAUGUCUUCGCCAGCGACAAGAUGGCUGCCCGUGGCCUGGCCACUGCCUUCGAGCGCACCAAGCCCCACGUUAACAUUGGUACCAUUGGUCACGUCGAUCACGGCAAGACCACCCUGACUGCCGCUAUCACCAAGCACCAGGCUUCCAAGGGUCUGGCCAACUUCCUCGACUACGCUUCCAUUGACAAGGCCCCUGAGGAGCGCAAGCGUGGUAUCACCAUCUCUACUGCCCACAUUGAGUUCCAGACCGAGAGCCGCCACUAUGCUCACGUCGACUGCCCUGGUCACGCUGAUUACAUUAAGAACAUGAUUACUGGUGCUGCCAACAUGGAUGGUGCCAUCGUUGUCGUUGCUGCUUCCGACGGUCAGAUGCCCCAGACCCGUGAGCACUUGCUGCUCGCCCGUCAGGUCGGUGUCCAGAAGAUCGUCGUUUUCGUGAACAAGGUCGAUGCCGUUGAUGACCCCGAGAUGCUUGAGCUCGUCGAGCUUGAGAUGCGUGAGCUUCUGUCCACCUAUGGCUUCGAGGGUGAGGAGACCCCUAUCAUCUUCGGUUCCGCCCUUUGCGCCCUUGAGGACCGCCGCCCCGACAUUGGUGCCGAGCGUAUCGAUGCCCUGAUGACCGCUCCCUUCCUCAUGUCCAUUGAGGAGGUCUUCUCCAUUCCCGGUCGUGGUACUGUCGCCUCCGGCCGUGUUGAGCGUGGUCUGCUGAAGAAGGAUACCGAGGUUGAGAUCGUUGGUGGCUCUGACACCCCCAUCAAGACCAAGGUCACCGACAUCGAGACCUUCAAGAAAACCUGUGACGAGUCCCGCGCUGGUGACAACUCCGGUCUGCUGCUCCGUGGUGUUCGUCGUGAGGACAUCCGCCGUGGUAUGGUCAUUGCCCAGCCCGGCAGCACCAAGGCUGCUCAGAAGUUCAUGGUCUCCAUGUACGUUCUGACCGAGGCUGAGGGUGGUCGCCGUACCGGAUUCGGUGCCAACUACCGCCCCCAGGUCUACCUCCGCACUGCUGACGAACCUGGUGACCUCACCUUCCCCGAUGGCGAUGAGUCUCGCCGCGUCCAGCCCGGUGACAACGUUGAGAUGGUCCUCGCUACCCACCGCCCCGUCGCUGCCGAGGCCGGUCAGCGCUUCAACAUCCGUGAGGGUGGCCGCACCGUCGCCACUGGUCUGAUCACCCGUGUGAUGGAC